AUUCAAAUUUGUUUUUGUAAAAAUCAGUUAUUUUUACUUUGUUUUAAAUGGACGCAGCCAAAGUCAUCGUAACAAUAGUUACAAUUCUUUCUACUAUCUUCAACGCUUUAGCUUUGUUUAAUCUAUGCAAAAAACGUCGAAAAACCAAUUACAUUUUUUUUUGCAUUUUUUUAUCAGUAAGUGAUUUGUUACAAACAUUGCUUGGGUAUCUGCCAGCUAUUUUUUUGAAAAAAAGAAUGGAAAAUGCAACCAAGUGGUGUCAGAUCAGUGCGUUUUUUGUAGCAUUUCCUUCUUUUACAUCGAUUGCCUUGCUUACCGCAAUAAGUUUUAUAAAAGCAUAUUUAAUAAAUGAACAUUUUUUGAUUGGUGAUAUGAUUUAUAGAAAAGUGGUUAAGGUUACAAUUUUAUGUUGUUGGAUAUACGGACUGUUUUGGUCUACUUUCCCUUUAAUUGGAGUUUCGUCUUACACACUUGAAUCUACCAAAGCACGCUGUUCAAUUAAGUGGUAUACAAACACCAAUACUGAAAAACUGUAUUUAAUACUACUUCUCGUGUUUUGCUACACUAUUCCUGUUUCUAUAGUUUUAGCUUCGACUAUGAUUUCUGCAAGAUUUGUACGAUCGAGUUUUAAAAUUAGCUCUAGUUCUUUAGGGAUGGGGGAGUCAUUUGUCAAAAUAUUUAAAUUAAGAGAAGCUAAAGUAAAAUUUUCACUCACUUUAAUGUGUUUGUCAUUUAUAAUGUUUUGGACUCCAUACGCAAUUAUUGGUCUUUUAUCGGGAUUCGCUCGUGUAAAGCAUCCGAAAUGGUUGCUUGAAACUGCAGCUUUGUUUGCAAAGUUAUCUGCUAUGGUAAACCCACUAUUAUAUUGGCAAAAAGAAGAUUUUAAAAAAAAAGUUAGGAAAGCAUUUUUAGUUUUUCGUACUUAUGUCUUCUACUCAUAAAAUUAAAAAAGGUAUAUUUGCGAAAAAAAUGCAAUUUUACAUGGAUCUUUACUUCAAUUUAU